UUGGUUACCAUGCACAGCUGCACCAGGUUCCCAGAUUGAUUAAAUCUCCUCAUGUGUGGUUUCCUGCCUGCAACUUGUAUCCUUGCACCAGUUGUACUUGUGCGUCAUCUCUGGGCCUUGUGCGUCAUCUCUGGGCCUUGUGCGUCAUCUCUGGGCCUUGUGCGUCAUCUCUGGGCCUUGUGCGUCAUCUCUGGGCCUUGUGCGUCAUCUCUGGGCCUUGUGCGUCAUCUCUGGGCCUUGUGCGUCAUCUCUGGGCCUUGUGCGUCAUCUCUGGGCCUUGUGCGUCUCUGGUAGCUUCCAGCCUUCCUUCACCUCCAGGAUACCCGUCGGCGAUGGCGUUCUCUGAUGCGAGGAAAGAGCUGGACUGUUCCAUCUGUCUGAACAUUUAUACCAAUCCUGUGACUCUGAGAUGUGGACACAACUUCUGCCGGGACUGUAUAGAAAGUGUUCUGGAUACACAGGAGGGGUCCGGAGUUUAUCGCUGUCCUGAAUGCAGAGGAGGGUCCCAGGAGCGGCCUGAACUUAGCAGGAACAUAACACUGUGUCACAUAGUGGAGAGUUUUCGAUCUCCCGAGCCAGAGAAGAAGGGGGAAAAGAUGAGCCAGAUCUUCUGUACACAAUGUAUUCACUCUCCUGUACCCGCUGUUAAAUCUUGUCUGCAUUGUGAAGCUUCUCUGUGUGACGACCAUCUGAGAAUCCACAGCAAGUCACACCAACAUGUCCUAUCUGACCUCACCACUCCCCAAAAGAACAGGAAAUGCUCCAUCCAUGAGAAGAUCCUGGAGUAUUACUGCACCGAGGACUCGGCCUGUCUCUGUGGGUCCUGCAGGCUGCAUGGAGACCAUCGGGAACACCAGGUGGAGGCUCUGGAGGAGGCCUCCAAGAAGAGGAAGGAGAACCUGACCAAUGCUCUGCAGGAGUUAUUGAAAAAGAAAAAGGAGCUAGAGGAGAGUGUGGAGAUUCUGCAAAAAUACAAGAGAAAGGUACAAGACAGUGCAGACGGUGUAACCAAGAAAGUCACCACCAUAUUCAGAGACAUCAGGAGACAACUGGACAUCCUGGAGAGAAGAGUUCUGAACAAGAUCUCUUGCCAGAACGAGAAUAUCUCAUUCCCAGCCUCUGCUUUAAUUCAGGAUCUGGAGAUAAAGAAGGACGAUCUGUCCAGGAAAAUGCAUCACAUCGAGGAGAUAUGUAACAUGACGGAUCCAUUGACUUUCCUACAGGAAUCAGACACAGGUGACUUGUGUGAUACUGAGGAUGGAGAUGAGGAGGACAAAAAGAGAUGUAAUAAACUCCUUCAUGGUGGGGGGGAUGUGGCUGUGACUGAGAUCUUGCCCUUAUUACAUACAGGAUUAUAUGAUAUAAUAACAGGGGUAAAUAAAGGGAUUAAUAUACCAGAACCUGCACAAAUAACACUGGAUGAAGACACGGCUCAUAAUAAUCUAUAUCUUUUAGAUGACGGGAAGACCGCACGCAGGAUAACCAGAAACCUAAAUCGCCCCGCAACACCAAAGAGGUUUACAAUAUCUCCUCAGGUGUUGAGCAGUCAAAGUUUCUCCUCAGGGAGACAUUACUGGGAUGUGGAUGUUUCGGGAUCCUCACAGUGGAGAGUUGGGAUGUGUUUCCCCAGUAUAGACAAGGGACAACACUAUGCAGACCUUGGAAAUAAUCCUGUGUCCUGGUGUCUGGAGAGGAACGCCAAUCAGUUGUUAGUGAAGCAUGGCUACAAUUCUGCAACCCCUUUAGCUGGUAAUGCCUCAGUAACCACAGUCAGAAUAAAUCUGAAUUAUGAGGCCGGGCAGAUCUCAUUUUAUGAGUUGGUUUUCCCGAUCCGGCACCUCCACACCUUCACUGGCAUCUUCACCGCCUUCACCUUCACUGAACCGAUGCAUGCUGCAUUAUAUCUAGGUAAAGGUUGUUUAAAGAUAUGUAAAGGGAAUCGGGUGGUGUGACACAUUUACCCCAAGACUGGCGACAUCACCGGCAUUCUGAUUGGUUCAACUAGGAUCAUAUAUUAUCCAUACAGAUGUAUUAUAUAUGAUCCCAGGUCCGCCUAGUGUCCACCUUCCCCCUACUGGCAGAUGCUGUGGUCACUGACAACUCAGAUUUCAGACAACCGCUCCCAGCAUGCCUCAGAACAUGGCUGCACAAGUCUUACCAAGCAGCGCAACAUGGAUUUAUUAAAAGAAAACGACAUUUUUAAUAAAACACAUAGAUAAGGUAACUGAUAUAUAUAAUAGUUUAUUGGUGUUAAAUUUGAAUGGAGCACCUAGGGCUGCCUCUAUCCAAAAUCCCAACCUUCUCUUCCUUGUGGUUAUGGCAGCAGUAUUGUGUUAUUAGACAGAAUUAUACAGAGCUCACAUACUAGUUCUCUUUAACUUGCUCACUGCUUUUCCCAGAAGCUUGCACAGAGCUGGAGGUUCAAUGGCAGACAAGCCCUGCAGUGUUUUACCAUUAGUGCUCCUUCUCUGAUGGGAUACUGAGGUGAGGAGCAUGACAACCUCAGCCUGUACUCCAACCAGGCCACGUUCCCAACGUGUUUCUCUCCGCCGCCGGAGCUUGGUCAUGGGGAUACCCAUGAUUAAGCUUCGGGGGGCCGAGUGAAAAAUGUUGGGGGCGUGGUCUGGUUGGAGUCCAGGCUGUUGCCACUCUCUUCACCUCUCUAGGACAUCUUGGAUGUGCGACUUCCAAGGGCCACCCUUUUUUUGUUCGUACUCUUGCAGGAGCCAGGAUGGGCUCCAUCCCCUGGCUGUCAGCACUCCAAACAGCAGCUGUGGGUGAACCAUCUGCAUACCACUUUUUUUUUUUUUU